UGCAAAUAGUCCUCCAUACUAUUUUAGUGACCUUUAAUAGUGCUUCGACUCAUUUCAUUAUUAGUAGUAACAAAGGGUGCAAUUUCAGGCAGUGUGUCGUUAAAGCUUCAUUAGUUCGAUUAUUAUAUUUUGCAACACGUUUUAUGAUUUUUUUAUGAUUUAUGUUUGUUGUUCACCUUUUGUCUUUAGAUAUUUGAGAAUCGCUAUACUCUCACCCACACAUCAUGAAAAUUAACACUUAUGUCAUCAUAAUUAUGAUGACUGGAUUUUGCGUAGGUGCCGCGAUGGCGGAUUCUCGUCCUAAUAUUUUGUUCAUAUUAGCCGAUGACUUUGGAUUCAAUGAUAUUGGAUAUCAUGCCAGUGAACAUGAAUCAGCAAUAAAAACUCCUCAUUUGGAUUUCUUGGCUGAGAACGGAAUAAAACUCGAAAAUUAUUACGUUCAACCAAUUUGCUCGCCAACCAGGAGUCAACUAAUGAGUGGUCGUUAUCAGAUUCAUACAGGUUUGCAGCACGGAGUGAUUCGACCUUCACAACCAAACGCGUUGCCAAUUGAAAAUAAGAUCAUGCCUGAACAAUUAAAAAAUUGUGGCUACGAUACACACAUGGUGGGAAAAUGGCAUCUUGGUUUUUAUGAAGAAAAAUUUUUGCCAUGGAAAAGAGGUUUUAACUCGUAUUUUGGGUAUUUAACCGGAGCUGAGGACUACUAUACUCAUGAGCGAUGUUUCAAUGGAAUGUGCGGAGAAGAUAUGUGGGAUUCUGAAAUUGGACCCGUGAAUAACACAUGGGGUGAAUAUUCCGCUCAUUUAUUCGCUAGAAAAGCAAUUGAGGCAAUUGACAAACGUGAUUCUACAAAACCGUUGUUCAUGUAUUUGGCAUAUCAAUCUGUACACGGGCCUUUGCAAGUGCCAGAUAAGUAUACUGAAAUGUUCAAAGACAUUAAAGAUAAAGCACGAAGAACUUACGCUGGAAUGGUGUUAGCAUUAGAUGAGUCAGUUUAUAAUGUGACUCAGCACUUAGCUAAAGUUGGUAUUCUGGAUAACACUAUCAUUGUGUUUUCCACUGAUAACGGCGGCCAGACUAUGGCCGGUGGUAAUAACUGGCCACUAAGAGGGAGGAAAGCCACUCUUUGGGAAGGUGGCGUUAGAGGAGCGGGAUUCAUGUAUGGUAAACUACUCGAGGCUAAAUGUGUGACACAUAAGGGGCUGUUACAUGUUUCAGACUGGUUUCCGACACUACUACAAGGUGUCGCAAUGUGUUCAACAUUAAAUGGUACCCAGCCAUUAGAUGGAUACAAUCAAUGGGACGCCAUUCGUCAAAAGGAAUCAUCGCCCAGAACGGAAAUUUUACAUAACAUUGACCCUUUGUAUAGUGCCAAUUCAAAUGAGACAGAAAUGCAAAACAUUAUUAUCAAUGGAUUUGACAUUAAGGUUCACGCAGCAAUUCGAAGCGGACCUUGGAAAUUACUAACUGGAAAUCCGGGCUUUGACCAAUGGGUAAAACCUCCCGAAUCCGAACAAAAUGGAGUUGGCCAAAUGACCUAUGCUAAUUCGUCCUCAAAUGUAAUGUUGUUCAACAUAGAGAAUGACCCUUAUGAACAUAACGAAGUAUCCGAAAUGAAUCCGACAAUAGUUCAAAAUUUUCUUAGUAAACUCGCUAAAUAUAAUUCAACUGCCGUUCCUGUUAGAUAUCCACCAAUGGAUGCGAAGGCGAAUCCCAAAAUGCAUGGUGGCUUCUGGAGUCCUUGGAUGAAAUAAUUGUAGAAUAACGUGUACUGUGCUGUGUGCUGUGCUGUGUUUACAAUUACAGUAAUUUGAUUGCCUAAUAAAAAUAACAUUAUAUUCAAUUAUAUAAAUAGUAUUAUACUUUUUUUUUUAAUUCUAAAAUCUAGGUUAAAACAACCAUCUACAUAUGCA